AUGGCCAAGAGCGACGACGAAGAUAGCGAUCAAGACAGCGACGACGAAGAUGGUGAUCAAGACAGCGACGACGAAGAUGGUGAUCAAGACAGCGACGACGAAGAUGGCGAUCAAGACGGCGACGACGAAUCUGAUGUCGCCAUCACCGAUGUCGAGCAUCGACAAAAUCUGGUCGAAAGUGUGGCCGAGUUCAUGCGCGAAACAAUGACGAAGUACUUCAUGCAGACUGAAGAGUUCGGCUGGAUGAAUAGGGACAGUAUCCAAGCCAUGUUUGAUCGAGCCGCUGCAGAAAUCACAGAAGGUGUUGCACAGGCACAGGAAGCCAUCGAGGCAUCGCGGAGGCGUUUUGACUUCUUCAAGCUGAGCCCGGAGCUCCGCAAUGUGAUUUAUGAGGAUGUCCUUGGGAUCCACGAAGACGACCUCACGCGAAACAACGAAACGAUUGGUGACGAGCAGGCGCAGAAAAUCCGACCGUUCACGAUGCACGGACUUCCACAAUAUUUCCUCUUCGGUGGAGUGAGCAAGCGAGAGGUCUUGGAGACCAUGGGCUUGGAUCAGUGUGCCGUCAAGGAGGAGACUUUCGUGAUAAGCGCGGAAUCAUGGUACUGCGGCCGAGUCCGUGGACCAGACCCGAAGCUACAAUUCAAGUCGUCGUAG